CAUUUGGAUACCGAAUAAAACGAAGUACAUUCAUUGUGUGACACAAAAGGAAAGUCAGUCAAAUUCCAACCUAAAGAUGUUCGCCAAUUUCCAUCAACUACCGAUUAUUGUCGGAAAGGAAAGGAAAUAAAAUUAUUAAUCAUCAGAUAAAAGUGAAGAAACGAAAGAUCUUUAAAUCGGGAAUAAACGAAGCCGAAAAAGUAUCUUGCAAAAAAGUUGAAUGUUUAUUUGUUUGCACAACACGAACGACAUUGAAACGUAGAUUGCAUUUAAAAUAAAGACUAACAAAAACAAAAUUUAAGCAAAAAAAUAAAAUAAAAUGGAAUUGUCCAAAUGUGUUGACUGUGUUAUUUUAACAUUGGUAUUAAUUUGUAGUGCGAUUUUCAUGAAUGCUGAAAACAUAACCAAUGCACAUUCCGAUGAUGAUUCAAAUAAAUACUUAAAUAGUUUGUCAAACAAUUCAAAUUCAUCGCCCGAAUUGAUUGAAUAUUAUGAUGUUGAUGAAGUAUCAUCAGCACCAGAAUCCAUCUAUCCCGAUCCCGAUUUUAUUUUCAAUCAAAAUCAACCCAUCGAAUCGAAUCGACCAUAUGAUACAUUGGACAUACCGAAAACAAUACAUCGAAAUGGAUACGGUAAAAAUGGUGCAACCAAAUUUAAUAAACUACAAGAAUUAAACAAUCCCAUGAACGACGAUGAUAAUGAUAAUUAUGGAAUUGAUGAAUUUAAACGAAUAAUUAGCACGGUUGAUUUAAUGACAACCAUCACAACAACCACCACAAUAAAAUCCAAUACUGGUGCAAACAAUGAUAUUGACAAAAGUUUUAAAGGAAAAAGCAUCGAUUUUAAUAUUCGACACACAAUGGAAGAAUUGAGGAACGAAGAUCUUCGUGACCACGACAUUAUCGAUAACAUCAUGUACAUUUAUUAUGGAUCGAAUGUUGCGCUACGAAAAAGCUUGGGCGGCAGCAUUAUUAUUGUUGGCACCGUUUUUGCGUUGGCUGCCCAAAUACUUGCCAUUAUUUUCACAUUGCUGAGGAAUCGUCAAAUUCGUCGUGUAAACUAUUUGGCAACGAUUUCAUUGAAUUUACUACUAACACUGUGUUCUUCAAAUCUGGUGUUCAUUGUUGGUGUGCAAACAUCAAAAAAUGUAUUUAAAUGCGAAAUGAUUGCAGUUUUAUUGCAUUAUUUCCACUUAUCGACCGCUGUUUGGGGACUGUGCCAUUCAUUUUCCAUCUAUGAUUAUGUAGUCAAUGAAAACAUUCCAGUCAUCAAAUACAAUAACCUGCUGGCGUUUGGUGCAUCUGCUGUGUUUGUUUUGUUUUCAUUUGCCAUAUCGAGUAACAGCUAUGAAAUCUACGAUUAUUGUUGGAUGUCCGUCCAGAAGUCAAUGAUAUUCAACUUUAUGAUACCAACAUCGAUUUUAAUCAUAUCAAAUACCAUUUUUGGUACGAUGACAUUGCGAGCGGUUGUUUCAAAGCAACGACAAGUCAUUGUCGAAAGUAUUGAAAAUAUUUUGGAUAAAUGCCAAAAUAUUGAUGCAACGGUGAAUUCAGUUAAUUUAUUGGCGCCCGAUUCAAACAUAAACACUGAUUACAUUCCAACGAACAAGUGCUGCGAUGAAAUGGAGAAGAUGACCUGUGAUAAUGGUCUCAAAACUGUCGAUUUUUAUGACUCGAAAUUCGAUUUGGGCGCAUUGUCAAUUGCCGAUUUAUCUCUGCAGAGUUCAAGUGAUACGCAGGAUUUUGCCGAAUUCAAACGAGCCAUCAAAUUUUCAUUGUUUUUUCAGCCAGCAUUUUCAGUUUGCUGGUUUUUAGGUGUUGUUGCAUUGGAAAAUCGACAAUCUUGCAUCAUGCCUGUCAUAUUCAUUGUUUGUUAUAACAUUUUGAAUUGGUACAUUUUGUAUCGCUUUCCAAACAUAAGCCCAAUGAUAAUUCCACAGCAAAAAACAAACGAAACUAAUUUGAAAAGCAGCAAAAAGUUGAGCCAAUUUGAUAGUAAUUUCAGUAUAAGCGAUGAAGUGAAUCAAACGCCCGGUUGCACUGAUACAAUUCCAUUGUUGUGCUCGGUGACGGGAAACAAUUCCACCGUACCACAAAAUUCAGUUGCAAUAAAUCAAACGACCGGUGUAUCAACGGCAACACUACAAUCAUCAAAUGUGUGCUUAUCAAAGCAAUUAUCACUGGAGGAUAUCAUUUACAAAACAUCGAUAAGUCAAUGGGAUGCUAGCAUGGAAAAUAUCAAUUUAGAUUGUAUAAGUACAAUCAGCAAUUGAAUGAAUAGCGACGAAGAGUGAUGACAUCUUCCGAAUACAGGAGAAAAUGAUUAGGACAAAAAUAUAAUAAUUAAAAAAAUAAAACAAGCAAAUGGAAUGUGAUGCAAACAUACAUAUGAAACAUAUAAAGAGAAAUUAACAAUCCGCCGGUAAACUGAUUCAGUCUUUUUUUCCUUCUAUUUAAUAGUAAUUUUUUAACCCUCGUUACAAUCAAUUCACAUCCGAAGUAGAAAUAUUUCUGUUCAUGAUUCAUAUUUUUGUGUGUUCACAUAAACUUUUUAAAAUCUCUUACAUUUUGUUCAGAACACGAAAACUAUAUUUACUGUUACCACCGAUUUUAAUUGUUAAAAAUCUGUGCAUUUAUCUAUUAAUUUUUAAGUAAUCAUGUUAAACGUUCAAUAUAAUAGCAUCUUUUCGUAUUCGCGCACGACCUAAUCAAAUUAGUUGAAUUGAAUUGUAAUCUAUAAAAUAUGAACGAUGGAAGACCAAUAUGUUGUUAAGAAACAUUUAAACUGUAAUCACUGAUUGUGUCGAUGCACACACACACACACACAUACACAUACACACACAGUAACAAAUGUAUUCAAUAAGAGAUUCACACUUUCUGCGAACUUUACGCACAUGGAAUUGUUUUAAAUUUAGUGAAAUAAAGAAGUCAAUGAAGUUAGACAAAAAUAAAACUAUUUUAAAUUUUUUAGAUUAAAUCAAAACACAAAACAAAACAAUUGAAAAUUAACAAAAUAUUAACUUGUGUUUUUGUACAAUUCUAUCAUUUUAAUUGAUUGUUUUUAUUGACGGUAGAUUUUUAGUCAUUUAAAUGAUCGAAAAAUAGGGGAGAGCAUGGAUUAGAAGCUCGAAAUUGGAUAUUCACAUAUAAUACAUAAAUAAACAGAUAUACACAUACAUAUAGAUAAAUAAAAACGGCUCUCGCUAAUGGACAUUACGGCGAUUAUAUGCAAGCAUAUCAACACAUUGUGCCUUGGCUCCAGCGUCUAUUUAGAAUUCAUUUUUUUUUUUCAAGGUACCGGAUAUAUUCAUAUCCAGAUGGGAUAUUUAUUAAGUUUUGACGAUUUUGGCAAUUUUUCUUCAGAUACUUGUUGCAUUGAAGUGUUUAAAAAGUACUCCAUGUGCUAAAUUUUUGAUUUUACUUGAAUUCCUUGAUUUUAAUAAUACACACGUAUCAUAAUUAUUUCUAAUAUUAUUAUGUUAUUUAAUAUGUCUGGAUAUUUGCCCAGAAUUUUAUGUUGAAAACAUUGAUUGUGAAGAAUUUCGCAUAAUAGUUCGGCUGAGCAUUUGAUAUGCUGGGAUGACAGAGAGAUUCAGGUUUUGCUUUUUUUCUACUGUAAAAGAAGUGGUAAACUUAAAAUGAAUGUGAAUUCAAAAGUCAAACGCUCCAACCAUUCUGUAUCUACACGUCUGCUGAUCUGUAUUGUCCAUUUGUGAGUGCUGCUUGGUAAUUGCAUUCCAUAAUUUAAAUAAUGUCUUAUUAUUUUAACAAACUUUACACACAUACAAAAAUAGUUCAUGUGGUUUUUCUUCCAUCGGAAAGUAAGAAUUGAGUAAGACGAUUCAUGACAUGAUACGAUAAAAACAGAAACAUGAAAACCCCAAGAAGUAUAAUGAAUCAAAAAAAUGUCAUUAAAAAUACUUAAAAACCCAAAUAAAGAAUGAACCAUAUACAAUCAAAAACGCAA